CACCCCCCCUUCCUGGUCCUUCUCCUUCACCCCCCCCGUUUUACCCGUUACCUCCACCGUCUCCCCUGUAGCAGAAGCAGCAGGCUUCCCCGCGCGACCGGGACCGAGGAUGGACUGGUUGUGAUUCCCGGUGGAGUGUGAGGAUUCGACCCCCCCAAAAUGAAAGUGGAUCGGACGAAACUGAAGAAAACCCCUACGGAGGCGCCCGCCGACUGCCGGGCGCUGAUCGAGAAGUUGAAGGGCUGCGGAGAUGAGCAGCUCCUGGCCGAGCUCCAGCAGAUCAAGACAUGGAACAUCGGGAAGUGCGAGCUCUACCACUGGGUGGAUCUCCUGGAUCGCUUCGACGGGAUCCUGGCGGAAGCGGGCCGCCCUGUGGAGAACAUGUCCUGGAUGUUGGCCUGCGACCGGCCCGAACGGGAGCAGCUCAAAGCCCUCCUUUUGGCUCUCCUCAACUUCACCGCCCUCCUCAUCGAGUACAGCUUUUCCCGCCACCUCUACAGCUCCAUCGAGCACCUGACGACGCUGUUGGCCUCCUCGGACAUGCAAGUGGUGUUGGCGGUGCUGAACCUUCUCUACGUCUUCAGCAAACGUUCCAACUACAUCACCCGCUUGGGUUCCGACAAGCGCAGCCCUCUCCUCUCCCGGCUCCAGCAUUUGGCCGAGAGCUGGGGCGGGAAGGAGAACGGGUUUGGUUUGGCCGAGUGCUGCCGGGACCUCCACAUGAUGAAGUACCCCCCGAGCGCCACCACCCUCCACUUCGAGUUCUACGCCGAGCCGGGUCUGGAGGUGAAGGUGGACAAGCGGGCCACCAGCACUACUCUGCACUACAUCCACAUCGAGCAGUUGGAUAAGAUUUCAGAGAGUCCCUCGGAGAUCAUGGAGUCCCUCACCAAGAUGUACAGUAUCCCCAAAGACAAACAGAUGCUGCUCUUCACCCACAUCCGCUUGGCUCACGGCUUCUCCAACCACAAGAAGCGGCUUCAAGCGGUCCAGGCCCGGCUCCACGCCAUCUCCAUCCUGGUGUACUCCAACGCUCUGCAGGAGUCGGCCAACAGCAUUUUGUACAACGGCCUCAUCGAGGAGCUGGUGGACGUUCUCCAGAUCACCGACAAACAGCUGAUGGACAUCAAGGCGGCUUCUCUACGCACCCUCACCUCCAUCGUCCACUUGGAACGCACCCCAAAACUGAGCAGCAUCAUCGAUUGCACCGGCACCGCUUCCUACCACGGCUUCCUCCCCGUUCUCGUGCGCAAUUGCAUCCAAGCCAUGAUCGACCCUUCCAUGGAGCCCUAUCCCCACCAGUUCGCCACCGCGCUCUUCUCCUUCCUCUACCACCUCGCCAGCUACGACGCCGGCGGCGAGGCCCUGGUUUCUUGCGGCAUGAUGGAAGCGCUGCUAAAGGUGAUCAAGUUUUUGGGCGACGAGCAGGACCAGAUCACCUUUGUCACGCGAGCCGUGCGGGUGGUGGACCUCAUCACCAACCUGGACAUGGCCGCCUUCCAGUCGCACAGCGGGCUCUCCAUCUUCAUCUACCGCCUCGAGCACGAGGUGGAUCUGUGCCGCCGCGAGUGUCCCUUUGUCAUCAAAGCGCGGGUGCAGCGCCCGCCCACCACCGCCGCGCCCGACGGCGAAGACAUGGAGACCGACAUGGAGGUGUCGGACGUGGCCAUGGAGAGCAGCCCCGGCCCCUCCUCGGAAGCGCGGACGGAUCCUGCGCCCUCCGCCCCGGCCGUUCCCGGCAGCAGCGCUGCGGCCGCGUCCCCGCGUGGCGGCGUGCAGUGCAUCCCGCAGCGCGCCGCCCUCCUCAAAUCCAUGCUGAACUUCCUCAAGAAGGCCAUCCAGGAUCCCGCUUUCUCCGACGGCAUCCGCCACGUGAUGGACGGUUCGCUGCCCACCUCCCUCAAGCACAUCAUCAGCAACGCCGAGUACUACGGCCCUUCGCUCUUCCUCCUGGCGACCGAGGUGGUGACGGUCUUCGUGUUCCAGGAGCCUUCCCUGCUCUCCUCCCUGCAGGACAACGGCCUCACCGACGUCAUGCUGCACGCUCUGCUCAUCAAAGACGUUCCGGCCACGCGGGAGGUGCUGGGCUCGCUGCCCAACGUGUUCAGCGCGCUGUGCCUCAACGCCCGGGGCCUCCAGGCCUUCGUGCAGUGUCAGCCUUUCGAGCGCCUCUUCAAAGUGCUGCUCUCGCCCGAUUACCUGCCCGCCAUGCGCCGCCGCCGCUCCUCCGACCCCCUCGGAGACACGGCCUCCAACCUGGGCAGCGCGGUGGACGAGCUGAUGCGCCACCAGCCGACGCUCAAGACCGACGCCACCACCGCCAUCAUCAAGCUGCUGGAGGAGAUCUGCAGCCUGGGCCGCGACCCGCGCUACAUCUGCCAGAAGCCUUCCAUGCAGAAGGCCGACGGGACGGCCGCGGCGCCGCCGCCGCGCUCGCCCCACGCCGCCGAGGAGGCGUCCAGCGAGGACGAGGAGGAGGAAGAGGUGCAGGCGAUGCAGAGCUUCAGCGCCGCUCAGCAGAGCGAGGCCGAGCCCGCCCAGACGGUGGUGGGCACGGAGGAGCGCAUCCCCAUCCCGCUGAUGGAUUACAUCCUCAACGUGAUGAAGUUCGUGGAGUCCAUUCUGAGCAACAACACCACGGACGAUCACUGCCAGGAGUUCGUGGCGCAGCGCGGACUGCGCCCCCUCGUCACCAUCUUGGGGCUCCCCAACCUCCCGGUUGACUUCCCGACCUCCGCCGCUUGCCAGGCCGUGGCCGGAGUCUGCAAAUCCAUCCUGACGCUGUCUCACGAGCCCAAGGUGCUGCAGGAGGGGCUGCUGCAGCUCGACGCGGUGCUGUCAGCGCUGGAGCCGCUGCAUCGGCCCAUCGAGGCGCCGGGGGGGUCGGUGCUGCUGCGCGAGCUGGCGGCGGCGGGCGCCGUGCAGGACGCCACGCUGUCGGCGCAGGCCACGCCGCUGCUGCACGCCCUCACCGCCGCCCACGCCUACAUCAUGAUGUUCGUCCACACCUGCCGCGUCGGCCAGAGCGAGAUCCGCGCCAUCUCGGUGGCGCAGUGGGGGUCGCAGCUGGGGCUGAGCGCCUUGGGGAAACUGAGUCAGCUCUACUGCUCCCUCGUGUGGGAGAGCACCGUCCUGCUGUCCCUCUGCACCCCAAACAGCCUCCCCGCGGGGUGCGAGUUCGGUCAGGCCGACAUGCAGAAGCUCGUGCCCAAGGAGGAGCGGGGGGCGCCCAGCCCCCCCCAGGGCGGCAGGAGGACAGAGGGGGAGGCGGAGGGCGCGGUGCCGCCGGGGGGCAGUGAGGGCCCCGGAGGGGCGCAGGGGCUGCUGGAGGGGAUGGGGCUGGAGAGCGAGGCCCUGGCGCCCAUGGAGACCGACGAGCCCGGCGGCGCCGACGCCAAAGCCAAGGCCAAGAUCAGCCCCGCCAUGGCCGCCCGCAUCAAGCAGAUCAAACCCCUGCUCUCCGCGUCCUCGCGCCUGGGCCGAGCGCUGGCCGAGCUGUUCGGGUUGCUGGUGAAGCUUUGCGUGGGCUCGCCCGUGCGGCAGCGCCGUAGCCACCACGCGGCCGCCGCCGCCCCCGCGCCCAGCCCGGCCGCCCGCGCCACCGCCUCCGCCCUCACCAAACUGCUCACCAAGGGGCUCAGCUGGCAGCCCCCCCCCUACACCCCCACCCCGCGGUUCCGUCUGACGUUCUUCAUCUGCUCGGUGGGUUUCACGUCCCCAAUGCUGUUCGAUGAGCGCAAGUUCCCGUAUCACCUCAUGCUGCAGAAGUUCCUGUGCUCCGGUGGCCACAACGCCCUCUUCGAGACGUUCAAUUGGGCGCUGUCGAUGGGGGGCAAAGUGCCGGUGUCGGAGGGUUUGGAGCACCCCGAUUUACCCGACGGGACCGGCGAGUUCUUGGACGCGUGGUUGAUGUUGGUGGAAAAAAUGGUCAAUCCCAGCACGGUGUUGGAAUCGCCCCACGCGCUGCCGGCCAAGGCGCCCCCCCCGGGGCAGCCCCACUUCAGCGCCCUGCGCUUCCUCGUCGUCACCCAGAAGGCGGCGUUCGCCUGUAUCCGGCAGCUGUGGGGCCGUCGGCCGCUGAAGGUGUACGGGGGUCGCAUGGCCGAGUCGAUGUUGGCCAUCCUGUGCCACAUCCUGCGCGGGGAACCCCUCAUCCGCGACCGCCUGCGCCGCGACCGCGACGGCGCACGGCCAGACGACGAGGCUGCCGCCGGCGAGGACGGGGCGCCGCGCCGCGAGCCGCAGGUCAACCAGCAGCAGCUGCAGCAGCUGAUGGACAUGGGCUUCUCACGGGAACACGCCAUGGAGGCGCUUCUCAACACCAACACCAUGGAGCAAGCGACCGAAUACCUGCUCACGCACCCCCCGCCCCUGAUGGGGGGCACCGUGCGGGACCUCAGCAUGUCGGAAGAGGACCAGAUGAUGCGGGCCAUCGCCAUGUCCCUGGGCCAGGACAUCCCCAUGGACCAGCGCGCCGAGUCCCCGGAGGAGGCCGCCUGCCGCAAAGAAGAAGAGGAGCGCCGUGCCCGCGAGCGCCAAGAAGAAGAAGAAGCCAAAUGCUUGGAGAAAUUCGAAGGAGCCGAACCCUUGGAAGCAGCCGAGCUCUUGGCAUUCACCGAUUCCAUGCUUCCCGGUUGCUCCCAGCUCUUGGAUGAGCUUCCCGACACCGUUUACCGCGUCUGCGACCUCAUCAUGACGGCCAUCAAACGCAACGGGGCCGCCUACCGCGACUCCGUCCUCAAACAAGUGGUGAAACAGGUGUGGGAAGCGGCCGACGUCCUCAUCAAAGCGGCGUUGCCGCUCACCACCAGCGACACAAAAACGGUGUCGGAAUGGAUCAGUCAAAUGGCGACGUUGCCUCAAGCUUCCAACCUGGCCACUCGCAUCUUGCUCCUCACUCUCCUUUUCGAGGAGCUGAAGCUGCCGUGCGCUCGCGUGGUGGAAUCGAGCUGCGUGCUGGACGUUCUCAUCAAGCUGCUGGAGGUGGUUCAGCCCUGCCUACAGGCGGCCAAGGAACACAAGGAGGUGCAGACCCCCAAGUGGAUCACACCCGUCCUGCUGCUCAUCGACUUCUACGAGAAGACGGCCGUGUCCUCCAAGCGGAGGGCACAGAUGAACAAGUACCUGCAGGCAACUGGGAACAACUGGCGCUGGUUUGACGACCGCUCGGGGCGUUGGUGCAGCUACAGCGCCAGCAACAACAGCACCAUCGACGCCGCCUGGCGCGCCGGCGAAACCAGCGUGCGCUUCACCGCCGGCCGGCGCCGCUACACCGUCCAGUUCACCACCAUGGUGCAGGUGAACGAGGAGACGGGGAACCGGCGUCCGGUGAUGCUGACGCUGCUGCGACCGCCCCGUGCCGGCAAAAGUGGAGGCAAAGACUGCGCCGAGGGGGAGCGGGCGAGCGAGGAGGGGCAGGAACCCGAGGGCAGGAGCAAGGAGGAGCCCCCCGCCCCCGAGGCGCCGUCGGAGGAAGAAGCCUCGGCAGCUCUGUCGUCGCCGGAGGACGCGUCGUCGGGGUGGUCGGAGGCUCCGGUGCGGGGCCUGGCGGAAGAAGCGGUGCCGGCGGUGUUGCGGGCGUGCGUGAGCAUGCUGGGCGUGCCGGUGGAUCCCGACACGCUCCACGCCACGCUGCGGCUCUGCCUGCGCCUCACGCGCCACCACAAACACGCUUUGCUGUUCGCCGAGCUCCGGAGCACCCGAACCAUCCUGGGGCUCACCCAGAGCUCCGGCUUCACCGGCUUCACCCCGCUCGUCACCCUCCUCUUCCGGCACAUCAUCGAGGAUCCCUGCACCCUGCGGCACACCAUGGAGAAGGUCGUGCGCUCGGCGGCCACCAGCGGGGCGGGCAGCACCACGUCCGGCGUGGUUUCGGGGAGCCUGGGCUCGCGGGAGGUGAACUACAUCCUGCGGGUGCUGGGCCCCGCCGCCUGCCGCAGCCCCAGCGUCUUCACCGAGGUGGCCACCGGCUGCAUCCGCAUCGCCCUCCCGGCCCCGCGCGGCUCCGGCACCGCCUCGGACGAUGAGUUUGAGAACCUGCGGAUCAAGGGGCCCAACGCGGUGCAGUUGGUGAAGACGACGCCGGUGAAGCCGGCGGCGCUUCCGGCCAUUCCCGAUCCCAUCAAGGACGUCAUCUACGACAUGCUCAACGCCCUGGCCGCCUACCACGCACCCGACGAGGGCGAGAAGGGGGACCCCAAGAGCGCGGCGCCCAGCGAGGUGAGCCAGCUGCUGUCGGACAUCGGGGACGACAUGUACCAGCAGUACCGCAGCCUCACCCGCCCCCCCGGAGACUUCGACCCCCCCGCCGGCUUCGGCAUCAACGCUCAGGUCUUCGCUGCUGACGGAGCCGCGGCCGAGACCCCCCCCUCGGGGACCCCCCAGGGAGAAGGUGCCCCCCCUGAGGGCCGCCGGGAGCGCGAUGGCGAGCGCGGGGAGGAGCGCCCGCGGGGCCGCGGCUCUCGGCCGCUGAUGCCGACGUCGACCAUCCUGCGGCUCUUGGCUGAGCUCGUGCGCUCCUACGUGGGCAUCGCCGCCCUCAUCGCCAACUACAGCUACAGCGUGGGGCAGUCCGAGCUCAUCAAGGAGGACUGCAGCGUGUUGGCCUUCGUGCUGGACCAUCUGCUGCCGCACUCGCCGGGCGCCGAGGACAAGGACACGCCGGCGCUGGCGCGGCUCUUCCUGGCGAGUCUGGCGGCCGCCGGCGCCGGCACCGACGCUCAGGUGGCUCUGGUCAACGAGGUGAAGGCGGCGCUGGGCCGCGCCCUCGCCAUGGCCGAGAGCACCGAGAAGCACGCCCGGCUCCAGGCCGUCAUGUGCAUCAUCAGCACCAUCAUGGAGUCGUGCCCGUCCACCUCCAGCUUCUACAGCAGCGCCACCAAAACCCAACACAACGGCAUGAACAACAUCAUCCGCCUCUUCCUCAAGAAGGGUCUGGUCAACGACCUGGCCAGGGUGCCCCACAGCCUCGACCUCUCCAGCCCCAACAUGGCCAACACGGUGAACGCGGCGCUGAAGCCGCUGGAGACGCUCUCGCGCAUCGUCAACCAACCCAGCGGCCUCUUCGGCACCAAAGGCGCCGCCGGGAAGAGCAAAGGCGACGGCGGGGGGGGCACCCGCGCAGGGGGCUCCGCACCCCCCGACGGAGGGGACGCGGGGGACCCCGAGCCCCCCGAGGAGGACGCGGAGGCGGCUCAGGCCGAGGCGGCCGAUGGUGACAUGGACGGCGAAGCCGAGGGUGACGCGGUGGUGCUGGCGGGGCAGCCCGAGGGCCUCAGCACGCAGGAGAUGCAGGUGGAGAACGAGCUGGAAGAUCUCAUCGAUGAACUGCUGGAGCGCGACAGCGCGGCGGGCAACAGCGCCAUCAUCGUGAGUCGCUCGGGCGAGGACGAGUCGCAGGAGGACGUGUUGAUGGACGAAGCGCCUUCCAACCUCAGUCAGGCCUCGACGCUGCAGGCGAACCGCGAAGAUUCCAUGAACAUCCUGGACCCCGAGGACGAGGAGGAGCACACGCAGGAGGAGGACAGCAGCGGCAGCAAUGAGGACGAGGACGACAGCCAGGACGAGGAGGAGGAGGAGGAGGAGGAAGAUGAGGAUGAUCAGGACGAUGAGGAAGGGGAGGAAGGGGAGGAAGAGGAGGAUGACGAUGACGGCUCCGAGAUGGAACUGGACGAGGAUUACCCGGACAUGAACGCUUCUCCUCUCGUGCGCUUCGAACGCUUUGACCGUGACGAUGAUCUCAUCAUCGAGUUCGACAACAUGUUCUCCAGCCCCACCGACAUCCCGCCGUCGCCGGGGAACAUCCCCGCCAGCCACCCGCUGCUGGUGCGCCACGCCGACCACGGCUCGCUGGCGCUGGGCAGCGGCGCCGCCACCACCCGCCUGGCGCAGGGCCUGGGCCGGAGCCAGCGCACGCUACGGCAGCUCACCGCCAACGCCGGCCACACCAUCCACGUCCACUAUCCCGGCGCCCGGCAGCCCAACCCGCCCCUUAUCCUCCAGCGGCUGCUGGGCCCGUCGGCGGCGGCCGAUAUCCUGCAGCUGAGCAGCAGCCUGCCGCUGCAGAGCCGCGGCCGAGCGCGGCUGCUCGUCGGCAACGAGGACGUACACAUCAUCGCCCGCUCCGACGACGAACUGCUCGACGACUUCUUCCAUGAGCAGGGCAGCGCCGGCAGCCAGGCAGGGACCCUGUCCAGCAUCCCCACGGCCCUGACGCGCUGGACCGAGGAGUGCAAGGUGCUGGACGCCGAGAGCAUGCACGACUGCGUCGCCGUGGUGAAGGUGCCCAUCUUGGCCCGUCUGGAAGCUCUGCGGGACGAGGAGCUGGAUGAGCGCCGCGAGAAACGCCGGCGCCAGGCGGCCGAGGAAGAAGCCAAAGGCUCCGAACGCAGCUCUGAAGACAAAGACGCCUCCGACACCCAGGACACGGCAUCCAAGCCCGCCGCCGCCUCGUCCGACGUCACCCCCCCAGAGCCCAGCGGGACGGCGGGGGAGCCCCCCCCUCCCGGCCCCCACCGGACACUGGUGAUGCUGGAGCCCACGCCGACCCCCCCGGAGCCCUCGCCGGGGCCCCCCCAAAUCGCCCCACGGCCCCCGCAGCCCCCCGAAAAUGAAGAGGGGGGGCCAGGACGGGGCCCCCCCCCAGACGCUGAGGCCACCCAGAUGGAGCUCUCGCCAGCCCCCACCAUCACCUCGCUGUCCCCGGAGCGCGCCGAGGACGCUGACCCCCCCAUGGACACCUCCAGCCUGGCCUCCUGCGCCCUCGAGGGGGGGGACCCCGCGCCCCCCCCCGCCGCCCCCCCCACCCCCGGGGACAGCUCUCCGCCGGACCCCCCCUCGGAGGGCGGCUCUGCGCGUGACCCCGGAGACGCGGGCGCCGACCCUCGGGGGCUCCUGGAGGAGCCGCUGCCAUCGACCAGCAGCGAGGAGGACGACCCCCUGGCCGGGAUCAGCCUCCCCGAGGGGGUGGAUCCGUCGUUCCUGGCGGCGCUGCCCGAGGACAUCCGCCGGGAGGUGCUGCAGAACCAGCUGGGGAUCCGCCCGCCGGCCCGCGCGCCCCCCGCCCCCAGCCCCGCGCCCCCCGUCGUGGCCAGCGCCGGCCUCACCGAGGUCAGCCCCGAGUUCCUGGCGGCGCUGCCCCCCGCCAUCCAGGAGGAGGUGCUGGCGCAGCAGCGAGCGGAGCAGCAGCGCCGGGAGCUGGCGCAGGCGACGAGCUCGGACGCCCCCAUGGACCCGGUGACCUUCAUCCAGACGCUGCCGUCGGAGCUGCGGCGCUCGGUGCUGGAGGACAUGGAGGACAGCGUGCUGGCCGUCAUGCCGCCCGACAUCGCCGCCGAGGCGCAGGCCCUGCGGCGCGAGCAGGAGGCGCGGCAGCGGCAGCUCAUGCACGAGCGCCUCUUCGGCCACUCCAGCACCUCUGCGCUCUCCGCCAUCCUCCGCAGCCCCGCCUUCACCAGCCGGCUGAGCGGGAACCGCGGCGUGCAGUACACGCGCCUGGCGGUGCAGCGCGGCGGCACCUUCCACAUGGGCGGCGGCAGCGGCCACAGCAGGCCCUCGGGGAGCAGCGUGGACAGCCUCCUCCGCCUCCGCGGGCGCCUCUUGUUGGAUCACGAAGCUCUUUCCUGCCUUUUGGUGCUGCUUUUUGUCGACGAACCUAAACUCAACACCAGCCGCCUCCAUCGCGUCCUUCGGAAUCUUUGCUACCACGCUCCUACGCGCGGUUGGGUCGUCCGGAGCCUUCUCUCCAUCCUGCAACGGAGCAGCGAGAGCGAGUUGUGCCUGGAAGCUCCUCGCGGAACGCCGGGAGCCGAGGAAAGGCCUCGCCGUGCGAGCGGACGAGCCGGGAACGCGUCCGGUUCUUCCGUUGAAGCUCGGGGUUUAGAUUUAUUACAUCGAGUAGAAGCUCGAAGUUCCGGACAACUUUCUUGGCUUUCUGUUUCGAUGGAUGCGGCCUUGGGUUGUCGUACCAACAUCUUUCAGAUUCAACGCGUACCGGGACGGAAACACACGGAAAAACACGGCGCCGCCGCCGGUUCUGCCGUUCACAUCCAUCCCCAGGCCGCUCCCGUCGUCUGCCGACACGUCCUGGAUACCCUCAUCCAGUUGGCCAAGGUCUUUCCCAGCCACUUCACGCAGCAGCGCAGCCGCGAUCCCGGGGCCGAACCGGAGCGGGACCGCGGUCCCCCCAAAUGCGGGGGGAGCCCGUGCUCCUCUUCCUCUUCCUCCUCCUCGCUCUCCACGGAUUUCUGGGACCUCCUGGUGAAGCUGGACAACAUGAACGUCAGCCGGAAGGGCAAAAGCUCGGCCAAGGCGGGCGGCGGCGGCGGCGGCCCCGAGCCGGAGGCGGCGGCGCUGGGGCUGGAGGCGUCCCCGCUGGGGCAGCUGAUGAACAUGCUGUCCCACGGCGUCAUCCGGCGCAGCGCUCUCCUCACCGAGAAGCUCCUGCGCCUCCUCUCCCUCAUCUCCAUCGCCCUUCCCGAGGGCGGAAAAGCCACCGAGGCGGCAGCGGCAACGGCCGCCGGCGGAACGGCGCCCCCCAGUCCACCCGCGCACGGAGCCAACGGAGCCAACGGAGCCGGAGGAGGAGGAGCUCCCGCCCGGAGCGCCAAAUCCCCGGCAAAGGGCCCCGACGGCGGCGGCUCCGACCCCCGGAUGGCGGCGACGGGGCUGACCGAGAGCCAACUGCAGCUCUCGGUGGAGGUGCUGACGUCGCACUCGUGUUCGGAGGAGGGUUUGGAGGACGCGGCCAACGUUCUGCUGCAGCUGUCGCGCGGCGAUGGCGGCACGCGGGACACGGUGCUGCGGCUGCUGCUCAGCGGCGCCCGGCAGCUCGGGGGGGCCCUGUGCCGGCAGAUCGGGACGCUGCUGGCGGAGCUGCGCGAGUACAACCUGGAGCAGCAGCGGCGGGCGCAGAGCGAGGCCCCCUCGCCCGAGGGGCUCCCCGAGGAGCAGCCGCCCAGCGCCAAGCUCAAGGGCAAGAUGCAGAGCCGGUUCGACACGGCGGAGAGCGUGGUGAUCGUGGCGUCGCAGAAGCGGGCGCUGGGCGGGCGGGAGCUGCAGUUGCCCUCCAUGUCCGUCCUCACCUCCAAAACCUCCACCCAACGCUUCUUCCUCCGCGUCCUCCAAGUCAUCAUUCAGCUCCGCGACGACACGCGACGCGCGCACAAGAAAGCCAAGCAGGCCGGACGCCUCGGCGCCGGGGCCCUCGGGGCGGCGGGCAGCAUCCAGGCGGCCGUGCGGCAGUUGGAGGCCGAGGCCGACGCCAUCAUACAAAUGGUACGUGACGGGGCCCGGAGGCGGCAGCAGGCACACACGUCGGAGGCCGGACAGGCGGACGCCGCGCCGCGUCGGGACGAGUCGCCCAUGGACGUGGACCAGCCCUCGCCCGCCCCGCAGGACGCCCCCUCCGUGGGCUCGGAGGCGCCGCCGGGGGGGGAGCGGGACGAGCGCCCCCCGGAGCUGCCGCUGCUGAGCGAGCAGCUCGUGCUCGACGAGCUCUGGGAUAUGCUGGGCGAGUGUCUCAAGGAGCUCGAGGAGUCCCACGACCAACACGCCGUCCUCGUGCUACAGCCGGCAGUGGAGGCGUUUUUCUUGGUGCACGCCACGGAGCGGGAGAGCAAACCGCCGGUGCGGGACACGCGGGAGAGUCAGCUGGCGCACAUCAAGGACGAACCGCCGCCGCUGUCGCCCGCGCCGCUCACGCCCGCCACCCCCUCCUCCCUCGACCCCUUCUUCUCCCGGGAGCCCUCGUCCAUGCACAUCUCGGCCAGCCUGCCCCCCGACACCCAGAAAUUCCUCCGCUUCGCCGAGACGCACCGGACGGUGCUGAACCAAAUCCUGCGCCAGUCCACCACCCACCUCGCCGACGGCCCCUUCGCCGUCCUCGUCGACUACAUCCGCGUCCUCGACUUCGACGUCAAACGCAAGUACUUCAGGCAGGAGCUGGAGCGCUUGGACGAGGGGCUGCGCAAGGAGGACAUGGCCGUCCACGUCCGGCGCGAUCACGUCUUCGAGGACUCUUAUCGCGAGCUGCACCGCAAAUCCCCCGAGGAGAUGAAGAACCGACUGUACAUCGUCUUCGAGGGCGAGGAGGGGCAGGACGCGGGCGGGCUGCUGCGGGAGUGGUAUAUGAUCAUCUCGCGGGAGAUGUUCAACCCCAUGUACGCGCUGUUCCGCACGUCGCCCGGCGACAGAGUCACCUACACCAUCAACCCUUCGUCCCACUGCAACCCCAACCACCUCAGCUACUUCAAAUUCGUGGGGCGCAUCGUGGCCAAAGCCGUCUACGACAACCGCCUCCUCGAGUGCUACUUCACCCGCUCCUUCUACAAACACAUCCUGGGCAAAUCUGUCCGGUACACGGACAUGGAGAGCGAAGAUUACCACUUCUACCAGGGCCUGGUCUACCUGCUGGAGAACGACGUCUCCACCCUGGGCUACGACCUCACCUUCAGCACCGAGGUGCAGGAGUUCGGGGUGUGCGAGGUGCGGGACCUGAAGCCCAACGGCGCCAACGUCCUGGUGACGGAGGAGAACAAGAAGGAGUACGUCCACCUCGUCUGCCAGAUGCGGAUGACGGGCGCCAUCCGGAAGCAGUUGGCGGCCUUCUUGGAGGGCUUCUACGAGAUCAUCCCCAAGCGCCUCAUCUCCAUCUUCACGGAGCAGGAGUUGGAGCUCCUCAUCUCGGGCCUUCCCACCAUCGACAUCGAUGACCUCAAGGCCAACACCGAGUACCACAAAUACCAGGGCAACUCCAUCCAGAUCCAGUGGUUCUGGCGGGCGCUGCGCUCCUUCGACCAGGCCGACCGCGCCAAGUUCCUGCAGUUCGUGACGGGCACCUCCAAAGUGCCUCUGCAGGGAUUCGCCGCCCUCGAGGGCAUGAACGGAAUCCAGAAAUUCCAAAUCCACCGCGACGACCGCUCCACCGACCGCCUGCCCUCCGCCCACACCUGCUUCAACCAGCUGGACCUGCCGGCGUACGAGAGCUACGAGAAGCUGCGGCAGAUGCUGCUGUUGGCGAUCCAGGAGUGCUCCGAGGGCUUCGGGCUGGCGUAGGGCCCCGACACAGCCGCUCUAUAAAUAUAUAUAUAUA